AUGGCAUCAACGACGACACGUCCCCAUGCAGGCCCGGCCGCAGCCUCCAAGCCGCCGCAGCUGCCGCCCAACGUCACCAUCUUCUCGCCCGAGUCCCCGUCCGCCGCGGACGCCCUCCUUCGGGGCCGCAUCUUCACGCGCCUCACCACCACGGCCGCCACGACCCCGGCGCAGCUGGCUGCCGUGCUGAGGAGGAUACAAACGCCGCCAGCGACGGCUGGCGGGUCGUUCUGCCAUGCGUACAAUGGCGGCAUGUUACUCUUUGACGGCGGCGACGCGGCGCCACAGGAGGAGGACGAGGAGGACGACGACGAGGGAGAGGACGAAGAGCUGCUGGAUGCGCACCAUGAGCAUUUUCGCGCCGUGUGCUUGGCGCUCAAGGACGAGGAUGUCGACCUCGACGUGUCGGGAUGCGUGUUUGACGCAAAGAGUGUUCUGCAGGCGGGGUUCCAGCUUGAUGCACUGAGUCCGGGGGCGGUGCUGGUGAUUGAUCUGGUGGACAAUGACGACGAUGAUGAUGACGAUGCGGAAGACGACGACGAUGAAGAGGUGACCGAGGAGAGCCUGGGGGCUCUGGGGAUGACGUCUUGA